AUGUCAACCUACGCUUCCAUGGGCCUGCCACCUUCCCUGGCACGGACUUCAACGGUCGUAGUCCCUUGCAGCGAACAAACGCCUUCCUUUAUCAUCGAGUCAUCGAACAAAUCAUACAAGCACCAAUACUCGAACAUAUACUACGUCAGGCUUAGCCUUCUACGGAACGUAGUGGAGAACAAUGCUCAUAAGAAAUGGAGGAACAUAUCAGGCAAUCCUGUUCUUGUUCCGCGCGUACUCGAAGUGGAAAAGGGUCAGCUUUGCUACGUAGUGGGGACGGUAUACAUGGAUAUGCCGCUGAAACCCAACGUCAUGGAGGACAUUGCACGAGAUCAAUCGAUACCUCCUCCUCCUCCUCAAACUAAGAUGUUCUCCGAAGACGAUAAUGUUAUGCUGGAAGAUGAAUCCGGACGAAUCAGACUGGUCGGAGAACGUAUUAAGGAAGCACGGCUGGUCACUGGGGUUAUUAUGAGCGCUCUAGGCAUGGAGACGCCCAACGGAGACUUCGAGGUCGUCGACUAUUGCUUUGCUGGCCUGGCACCUCAAGCUUCGGACACGGAAAGUAACGAGGAGGAUAAGAUGGAUGUUGACGCCGAGCAGGGCUCUUCAUCAUCACAAUUACCAGAUGAAUGGAUCGGUGCUGUUUCUGGUCUGGACAUAGGCUCGCUUUCACCCUCAGAUGCACAGAUACAGAUGCUGGUGGAGUAUCUUACAGGCGAAGAGGGGAACAUCGACGACCAGGUGGCUGCUUCCCAGAUAUCCCGACUGAUAAUUGCUGGUAAUUCUCUGGCAGCGAUCGAGCCCCAAGUAGUCGAAGCAGUUUUGACGGCUGAAGACCGGAAAGCGCGACGAGCUGGUCUCGAAACAACGUCGUUCUCACCCCAUCCAAUUUUGAACUUGUCUUCGACUCUGUAUGAUAUCGCCAGCGUCAUGCCGAUACACCUCCUACCCGGCGACUCUGAUCCUUCUGGUAUCAUUAUGCCUCAGCAACCUUUCCCUCGAGCUAUGUUCGGUGACGCAGCACGAUAUCCAACGUUCGCCUGUGAAACUAAUCCCACUUACCUGUCUAUCGCCUCAGAUCCUGAAUCUUCGUCUUCUAACUCCCCUCGACCCCCUGCGAAAAGAACUCUGCUCAUUAAUUCUGGCCAACCUCUGAAUGAUAUGUUCAAGUAUCUUCCUACCCCACCCAACACACGCUUGUCCAUCGUGGAGUCCAGUCUUCGAUGGCGGCAUAUGUCACCAACUGCGCCGGACACACUGUGGUGUCAUCCUUACAGAGAGGAAGAUCCAUUCCUGAUACCAGAAACACCACACAUAUACAUCGUGGGUGGGCAGAAGAAAUUUGCUACAAGCUUUGCGCAUACAGGAAUUCUGGUCCUUAUUAAUCUACGGACACUGGCCGUAAAGAUCGUCAAUUUUGGUGUUCACGGAAUGACCACUGGAGGAGCUGUUGAAGACGUGAAAAAAGAACCCCUCAAAGAACCGAGCCCAAUGCCAGCAGAACCAUUACCCUCAGGGCCAGCGUCAUCAUUAGACCCUGGUUUUAUCUAA